UUCAUUCCGAAUUCUGAUCAAUUCUAUAAUUCACUUCUUCCAUCACUAUGGAAAAAGAGGAAUGAAGAAGAAUAAAACGUAAAAGAAAACAACUGUGGUUAUGGUUGGGAAAACGUGGUUAUUCUGCUUUUUAUUAAGUUUGUUUUCCUGAAACUUUUUAAUAAUAUAAUAAUUGACUGCUCUAAAACUUGAAUAAACUUCAGCAUAUUACAAUAUCUCACUCAUAAAUAAUUAUUAAUAUUCAUACACUUUAAACCUUCAUCGAUACGGAGAAAACUACAUCUGUAUCUAUUGAGAAAAACAUUGAGCUGCUGUGGCCAUUUCAAUUACUCAGGUGACAGCCAUGGGAAAAGAUCGCAAUCAGAAAGUAGCCAAGAAUGUGUUCAAAGUGGCCGGUUCCCGCGCAUUUAAAGCAAAAAACAAAGCCAAGCCUGUCGCGAUGAACUUGAAAAAUUUGCAAGUCAACAAGAAGGAAAAGGUGGCUCAAGUUGACAACCAAUGGAACGAGCUGCAAACAAAUGUACUGAAGAGGAAACCAGAAGAAAAGAAACAAGUAGUGAUGGAAACAGAAAGCCCGGCGGAAAGGAUAAAAAAGUUUGAAGCCAGUGAAAGACUUGAGAGUGAAGCCCUGGAAAAAAUCGAAAAAAUGAAAUGUUGAUUCAUUUUGUUACAGCUCAGUGUUAAUACUAUGUAAUUAUAUUUAUUUUAAGGAGUUUUUGCGUAUUUAUUGUUUGUAUCAUCAACUAGUUUAUACAUUUUCUAUGGUACGGUACCGUAUAUAAUAAUUAGUAAUAAUAGACCUUCUGUCAUGUCAUGUUUGUUCAUAAUAAUUAUUUCAUGACCUACUGUAGACAGAAGAUAUGAUAAUCGUCGGUCAAAUACAUGUUGAAUUUAAUGCUUGUACACAUUAGUUCAUCAUAAAAAUCAGAAUUUAACAAUGUUAAUUAUAUACUUCUGUUGUAAGAUAUUAUAAUGACAGUAAUUAGGAAAAUAUCAUUUAAAAAGCGAUCUUAAUGAGAGAUAUCAGAAAAAAAUAACCGUUUAUCGAUGCUAGGAGCUCUUAUGGUUAAAUUUUAAUCCUAUAUUUCUGUAUCCAUUUUACUAUUAAUAGCCUCUACAUUUUUUGUCAGGUUACUUGGCUGCGCGGUAACUCCAUUCCGAUCAAAUCAUUACUUUUAUCAUAAGCGCAUUGUAAAAAACAAAUUUUUGAUUGAAAUUAGAAGAAACAGAUCAUCUACAAUGCCAGACAUGUCAGUUGGAAUAAUUAUAAUCGGAGAUGAGAUUCUGAAGGGGCAUGUAUCGGAAGCAAACUCCGGAUUCUUGUGCAAGGAGCUCUAUUCUCUGGGAAUCAAAAUAGGAAAAAUAUCGGUCAUACAAGAUUCAGUUGCUGAAAUAGCGAAUGAAAUCCGUACAAUGAAGAGUAGUAAUUACAGUUACAUAUUAACUACGGGUGGUGUUGGUCCCACACACGAUGAUGUAACCUAUGAAGGUGUCGCAAAAGCGUUUAAUACCGAACUAAUGUUGAACAGUCAAAUGAUGGAUUACUACAAGUCGUACUGUGGUAACGUAACCGGUGAUAUGGAUAAGAACCCGCAGCUGCGUAUCGCCAACAUACCAGUUGGCAGUGAAAUAGUAAUCAUACCGACUGGUAACGAAGAACCGUUCAAGUCCUGGAACGGUUAUCCUAUUGUGAAGGUAUCCAAUGUUAUUGUCCUCCCCGGAAUUCCUGAGCUGAUGAGAUUGUGCUUCAAAGAGGUGAAAAAGUUGUACUUCAACGACAUCCUGAGGGAACUGCAUCACAGAAAUUUGUUUUUCGAUUGUAAUGAAAUCAUUAUUCUCAGCGCGUUGAACAAGGCUGUCGAUGUGUUCAAGGAGAGUGUUGUGUUUGGUUCGUAUCCCGUGUUGAGUAGUAAGUUUUAUCAGACCAGAGUCACAUUGGAAAGUAAGGAUGAGAUGGAGGUGAUGAAGGCUGAGGAGUUUCUCCGCUCGUCUCUGCCAGAGCAAUGCAUCGUGGACCCUGUGCUGGCCACUGCUGGUGAAGACGUGUAUGAUCUAGCAAACAAUACCAAUGAUCUUCAAUUUGCAACCGUCUUGAAGGCAUCUAUCAAAGUAGUUGAAGAAGCGUUCGCAUCGCAUAAGCCGGAAUCAUUGUUCAUUAAUUUCAAUGGAGGAAAGGACUGUACGGCUCUACUCCAUGUUGUGGCUGCAGUUUGGAUGAAAACAUUCAACACUCUUCCCAAAAUACGUGCAGUUCACUUCAAAUCCAAUGAUCCGUUUCCAGAGCUAGAAGAAUUCAUAGAAACUACUAUAAAACGGUACAAUGUUCCUGUAUCUCACAAUAGAGUUCCAAUAAGGGAAGGUCUGGGCGAUUUGCUGGCUGAAAACCCUGAACUCGUGGCUGGAUUCCUAGGAACCCGCAGAUCUGAUCCACAUGGAGGCUCCAUGCAAUAUAAUAUGAUGACUGACGCUGGCUGGCCCAAGCUGUUGAGGAUAAAUCCACUUCUAGAAUGGACUUAUAAGAACGUGUGGACGUUUCUGAAGGAUCUCAAGGUUCCUUACUGUAUCCUCUACGAUCAAGGAUACACCUCCAUUGGAAACAAGAGCAACACGUUUCCCAAUCCGAAGUUGAGUUUUAUUGACAGCGAUGGCGUCAAGAAGUUUCAUCCUGCCUACACUCUCGACGACGAAUCUGCAGAAAGAGCUGGAAGGGCAUGAAAGUAUUCCCAAAAGAAUCUCGGAUGCAUGUACUUAUAUGACUUGGUUGUUGAAAGUAGCCUAUGGCAGCAAGGGUCGGGCAGUUAUGGUUCACAAGCAAAACGGCCAAAUGGUCAUUACCAGAUCUGCAUCCCAAAUACUAGACCAUGUGAUAACUGAAAAAGAGCUGUGCGAUCCUGUUUAUAAAAUAAUCAUCAAUUGCGCUAGAAGUAUUGAAACUGAAUUGGGAGAUGGAAUCAAACGUUUCGUCUUUUAUACGAAUGCAAUUUGUAGAGUGUUGACUAAUGAUUUGAAACAUGAUGUUUUUAGUGAAAAAUUGAACCAGUUAGUUUGCAUUCAAAAUGCUGUGAAACUAGCUGAGUUGGAGUACUCUGGAAAAAUUGAUGAAUUAAAUUUAGAUUCAUUGAGAAAAAUCAUCGACAACUUCUUUUCUACUAGAUUUGCAGCUCCUGUUUGUAGUAUGUUCACUAAAGUUGUACAUAAAUGGAUCAGUUCAUUCUCCAACAUUGAUGAAAUUGACGAUAGUACAAUAAAGUUCAUACAUGAAAAUUUCAAUGUCCUUUGUAAAAGAUACGAAAACCCUCAUCUAUAUCAGAUUCAUCCGUUUGUAACGGAAUUUUGUUGAAAGGAGAAUUUAUCAGAUCAUCUUCAAUCCAAACCAAAGAAUUCAAGAGUAUUUUAAUUGUUUAUCACCUAACAGAAACCGAAAAGCGUACUCUUAAAAAUACGGAACAUGACUUGAUGUCAAUUUUGAAUGAAGUGCUUGGCAAAAAUCUAUCUAAAACUCUGCCAAUUUUAUUGAUCACGAAUAUAAUAUUAUCAGACCCUGUUAAAUGUUUUAUUCGUUUGAAAAGAAUAUCAAGCUUACAGGGAGUUUUGGAAGAAGAUGUUGUAUUUUUGCAAAAUCACUCACAUUCUUAUUUUAAAUUUGGUGAUUUUAUAAUUGAUUGUUCACUCCUGCCUAGCAUUAACACAUUGAAAAUAUCUCCUGCCAAUGUAUCUCAAUUGAAUAUAAGUUCACCCACUAAGGACAUUGGAAUUCAGUUGCAUUCUUCUCUGUAUAAUUUGAUUACCUUAUUGAACUACACAAUUAGUAAUAAACUGUUGGUAUUUGGUGCAAAUAGUAUCUUUCUAGAAACUUUAUAUUAUUCUCUGUCAUCCAAGGCGGCGCAUAAUAAUUUACCACCGAUUGUCAAUGGUAGAAGAAUUCUGAAUAAUUGGCAUGAUUCUGUGUCUUCCAAUAUUUCCUCAUUAUCACUUAAUGAAAAAUCUACCUCCUAUGAAUUUGUUUCUCACUCCAUCAAAACUAUUUUAGACUGUAAAUACAUGGAUAACGAUUCCUUGAUAUUAUUGGGUAACAUCAUUUUGUCAUUUUUCAACUCUCAUACUUUUGUUGAGAAUUCUCAAACGUUUCUAGAGCUUAUUCCUCUAGAGUUGGCAGUUUUGCACAGGUCAUUAUCAGCUGCCGUCAAACUUUUGAGUAUUGAUAGAAUCUUGUAUUCUAAAAGGCUCAGCUGAGUGUCUUUUGACAUUCAGACAUGAUGGAAGGAUAUUAGAUAAUAUUGUUCGCUCAUGGAGAAUCAUGCCAAUAUCAUUCACUUUUUUAUGACAGAGUCAAUUUACCAUGUUUUCCUGUGAGUAAAUUUUUAUGUUUCUAUGAUCAGUUUAUCUGCAAUACUGUACUCGUAUUUUUAUAUUAUUGAAAAUUAUUGUUCUUUAAUAAAUUAUCCAAAUUAAAAA